CACUUCGUCUGGCUCCGGCCGCUCGGCUCCGGCUCCUUCUCGGACGUGUACGCCGUCCAGCACAAGAUGCGGCCCGCAGAGUACUACGCCAUCAAGCGGUCCAAGCGCGAGUUCCGGUCGCGCGGCGAGCGGGCAGAGUACCUGCGCGAGGUGCAGCUCGCAAACUCGAUGCCCGCGCACGCCAACGUGGUCGAGUACCACCGCGCGUGGCAGGACGCGUCCUUCUUCUACGUGCAGAUGGAGCUCUGCCCCGGAGGGACGCUCGGCCAGCUGCUGCUGCGCGAGGGCGGCGCGCUCGCGUGCGUGGCUGGCGAGGCGCGGGUGUGGGAGCUCGUGCGCCACGUCGCGCGCGGCCUCUCGCACAUCCACGCGCACGGCGUGAUCCACUGCGACAUCAAGCCGGACAACAUCCUGCUGUCGUCGGACGGCGUCUUCAAGAUCGGGGACCUCGGCCAGGCGGCGGCGCUCAAGGCGUGGAACGAGCAGGAGGGGGACGCAAAGUACCUCUCGCGCGACCUGCUCGAGUCGAAGCCCUCCACCGCCGCGGACAUCUUCUCCUUCGGCAUGGUGCUGUACGAGGUGCGGACAGCAGAGAGCCUGCCUGGCUCGGGGCCGCGCUGGGACGAGCUGCGGUCGGGGUCGGUGCCGCCGCCG